CUCUGCUCUUUUCUCUUUUUCUCCUCUUUUUUUUUUUCUUAAUCUUAAUUACCCUUUGUUUGGUUAUUAAUAAUGCAAGAUAUCAACACAGAGGAUUUACCAGCAGAUAUUUUGGAUAAACUUCGAAACCUUGAUUUAGAAUUAGCUGAUGGGGAUAUAACUCAAAAAGGCUACGAUAAAAAAAGGGCAAAUUUAUUAGCCAGCAUCUCUGGCAAUACGCCUACAACACCCACGACACCCACAGGUCCUCAACAAGCUUCUUCAAUGACAGAGGGUAAUAAUGAAGAAGAGAUACUUGAGGAUUUUGGUCCUGAGCCAAGUGCUGCUGAUGUGGUUGACUUUUUGGACUUUCUGCCUUCUCCUACACGCUCGCCUCAACAGUCACCCCGUCUGUCAGAAGGUUCUACGCAUAUGGAAAAUAACCAUUUGAAACUUCAACAGGAAUAUCAGCAUCAACAACCACCACCACAACAACAACAGCCGACUUAUCCGGGUGGUUCACCCAGCAUGAGACCAAUGCAACCUACUCCAUCCUAUCGACCUUACAGACCGGCGCCUCCUAAUAAUCAACCAUAUUUUAAUAACCCAGCAAUGGGCACUCCUGUUCCAAACAAUAGACCUUAUAUGAUGGUUCGUAAUAACGUAGGUUACCAAUCUGGCAUGAUACCUCCGCAACCACAGCCACAACUCCCACAACAACAACAACAACAACAACAACAAAGGCCUGUUGCGCCUUCAUAUAUGUACUCAAAUAACAGAUUGCCUCCUGCUCAAAAUGUUUACAGACCAACCAAUACCACAGUCUACCAAAGACCCAUGAUGUAUAAUAUUAAUCAAAGACCCACAGCACCUACUCAACAACCCACUAGACCGCUCUAUAGACCUGUUCCUCCACCUCCUCGGCCUCAAUAUCCAAAUUACCGUCCUCAGCAACCACAGCAGCAGUAUGUUCCUGGUAGAUCUCCUGAAAUGCAAUAUGGUAAUGUAAGACCCAACUAUGUUUAUGGUGGUCCCAACAGAUCGCCUACGAGCACAAGUAGUAUGACGGGCAGAUAUGAAUAUGAUCAACAGCAUAUUUACUCAACAAGGAACGAUUCUCUAGAGUGGAAUCAGUAAUAGUGUAAGCCAGCGGCUUUAUCCUUUUUAUUAUUUUUUUAAGAGCACGUGUGUAUGUGCGAAUGGUUAGUGUAAGUUAUGUGUGCGCGUUGUAUUGUUCAUACCAGCUUUCUCUCUCUCUCUCUCUCUCUCACACACGUUCGCUCUUUACGUCACUCUCCUUUUUUAAUUUGUAUUAAUAUGCUUGUUUCAAUAGUCAUUUAACCCAUCCUUUUACGUGUGUGUGUGCUUAUUCCCCAAAAUAAAGGCCUUUUUUCCCCUUGGUAUGAGGUUCUUUUAAAAACACAAAGGAUAUUGAUGUCACAUUUGACAGCUCCGCUGGCUGAUUCACGAAUUUUCCUUGAAGAGAAACUCUAAUACUUCUUUGUGCUCGUUUCUUUAUUCUUUAUUUU